AGGCGGCAAAGAGACGCGGGACCGCCCGCUCCUCUAGCUGAUUGGCUGGGGGGCGGAUCCGUCGGGGACAGCAUGCGUUGAUUGGCCGUGGACUGGUGGGGCAGGCUUCCGGCGGGGCGCUGCCAGUUCCGGGCGGCAGCGGCGGCAGCGGUAGGAUGGUGCUGCUCCACGUGCUGUUCGAGCAUGCCGCCGGGUACGCGCUCUUCGCCGUGCGGGAGGUGGAGGAGAUCAGCCUGCUGCUGCCGCAGGUGGAGGAGAGCGUCCUCACCGUCGGCAAGUUCCACAACGUGGUGAAGCUGGUGGCCUUCGCCCCCUUCAAGUCGGCCCAGAGCGCCCUGGAGAACAUCAAUGCCGUCUCCGAGGGGAUCCUCCACGAGGACCUGCGGCUCCUGCUGGAGACCUCCAUGCCGGCCAAGAAGAAGAAGGCACUGCUGGGAGUCGCCGACGCCAAGAUCGGGGCCGCCAUCCUGGAGGAGCUGGGUUACCAAUGCCAGACCGGGGGGGUCGUGGCCGAGAUCCUGCGGGGGAUCCGCCUGCACUUCCACGCGCUGGUGAAGGGCCUCACCGCCCAGUCGGCCUCCAAGGCCCAGCUGGGCCUCGGCCACAGCUACUCCCGGGCCAAAGUGAAGUUCAACGUGAACCGCGUGGACAACAUGAUCAUCCAGUCCAUCAGUCUCCUGGACCAGCUGGACAAGGACAUCAACACCUUCUCCAUGCGCGUGCGGGAGUGGUACGGAUACCACUUUCCCGAGCUGAUCAAGAUCGUGUCCGAGAACUACACCUACUGCCGGCUGGCCAAGUUCAUCGGGAACCGCAAGGAGCUGAGCGAGGAGAGCCUGGAGGGGCUGGAGGAGAUCGUCAUGGACAGUGCCAAGGCGCAGGCCAUCCUGGAAGCCUCCCGCUCCUCCAUGGGGAUGGACAUCUCUCCCCUUGAUCUCAUCAACAUCGAGAGCUUCUCUAGCCGUGUCAUCUCGCUCUCCGAGUACCGCAAGGGCCUGCAGGAAUAUCUCCGCUCCAAGAUGAGCCAGGUGGCUCCUAGCCUCUCAGCCCUCAUCGGGGAGGUGGUGGGCGCCCGUCUCAUCUCCCACGCUGGCAGCCUGACAAACUUGGCUAAGUACCCGGCCUCGACGGUGCAGAUCCUGGGGGCCGAGAAAGCCCUUUUCAGGGCGCUGAAGACGCGAGGGAACACUCCCAAGUACGGGCUCAUCUUCCACUCCACCUUCAUCGGGCGAGCGGCUGCUAAGAACAAGGGGCGCAUCUCCCGCUACCUGGCCAACAAGUGCACCAUCGCCUCCCGCAUCGACUGCUUCUCAGAAGUCCCCACCAGUGUCUUCGGGGACAAGCUGCGGGAGCAGGUGGAGGAGCGCUUGGCCUUCUAUGAGACGGGGGAGCCGCCCCGCAAGAACCUGGAGGUGAUGAAGGAGGCCGUGGUGGAGGCGAGCGAGGUGGUGGCCGAGGUCAAGAGGAAGCAGGAGAAGAAGGAGAAGAAGAAGAAGAAGAGGGAGAAGCAACGCCUAGAGGCUCUGGCUGCUGCCGCAGAGGAGGUGGAGGAGAACGACAUCGAGCCCAAAAAGAAGAAAAAGAAGAAGAAGCAGCAGCAGGAGCCGGAGACGGACUCUGAACCGGAGGAGAAUGGGCUGGAAGAAGAAGUCUUGCCCAAGAAGAAGAGGAAGCUAAUGGUAGAGGCGGAUGAGGAGGAGAAGAAGAAGAAAAAGAAGAAGAAGAAGGAGAAGGCCAGGGAUGCAGAGCACUAGGGGAGCAGGGCAGAGCUGGAGCCGGGCUGUGCUCCAGCCGUAUGGACUUGCAGACUGACAGGAGCUCAUCUCGGUGCAGCCCCUUGCCCAGCUGCCAGCGUUCUGCGGCAGCUGCCCCCCCCCGGCAGUGUAGCGCGGCGGGGCGGCCGCAUUAAAGGCCUUUUGGCACCUGGUGGUUUGGGUGAGUCCCUUUGGCAGGGCCAAGGCGCCCGCAGCCCCCUGGGUGGCAUGGGAGCCUGAGGCAGCGCUGCCUCCUUGAGCCCCCCUGCAGCCCGUUCCCCUGGGGGGGGCUUGGACUGCACCCACUGCCUGCCUGGUGCAGGGGGCAGGAAACCUCCUUGGCGUGAGUGACCCUCAAUAAAGGGCUGAGGUUGUUGUCGA